CCGCCGAUUCCCCACCAAUCCUCCUCUGCCUCCCAGCGAAACACCACACCUCUCCUCGUCGAAGCAGCAGCAGCAGCGGCAUCCAUGGCCCCCAAGGCGGAGAAGAAGCCGGUGGCGGAGAAGGCCGAGAAGACCACGGCGGCGAAGAAGACCAAGACCGAGAAGCGGCCGCCGGCGUCCAAGGAGGGCGGCGAGAAGAAGGGGAAGAAGAAGUCCAAGAAGAGCGUGGAGACGUACAAGAUCUACAUCUUCAAGGUGCUGAAGCAGGUUCACCCGGACAUCGGCAUCUCCUCCAAGGCCAUGUCCAUCAUGAACUCCUUCAUCAACGACAUCUUCGAGAAGCUCGCCGGCGAGUCCGCCAAGCUGGCGCGCUACAACAAGAAGCCAACCAUCACGUCCAGGGAGAUCCAGACCUCCGUCCGCCUCGUCCUCCCCGGCGAGCUCGCCAAGCACGCCGUCUCCGAGGGCACCAAGGCCGUCACCAAGUUCACCUCCGCUUAGAUAGUCUGUUCCUGUUUCUUGGUCGAUCGAUGGUACUCUGUAAUAGUCAGGUGUUUGGACUAUGUCGUCUUGUAACUGUUUCAUUAUCUUGUGAAUUAGUAUUGGCGCUUCUUUGAUCUGUCUCGUGGCUCUGUACCAUGUUCAGUUCUAAUCCCUGCUGCUUCA